AUGGCAAAGAAGUCAAAGGGACUGCUGGCUCUGGAGCUGAUGGUGUCCAAAGCAUCCGGAGAUAAGAAGAGCAGACUGAGAUCCUGUUUGCUUUGUCAAAAACGGAAACAGAAAUGUGAUCAUAGACUUCCCAGCUGUACAACGUGUCUCAAAGCUGGGGUCAAGUGCGUCCAGCCCGAAAAAUAUUCGGUCGAUGCUCCGAUAAAAGAUGAAUAUACUAUAGUUUUGGAGAGAAGAAUCCAGUACCUUGAGAGUAUGAUUGAUGAUCUGUCAGGAAAUUUUAAAAGUGGAGCGCUAUCAAAAUACAAAAAAAUGACCCCAUAUAUUGAAAAUCACGAAACCAGUCUGCAAACUAUGACCAAUGAUGAUGCGUUCAUUACUAAUACUAUUAAGACUGAGACUAUGACUGAACCCACUAGUAGUUCAUCAUUAUCGCUACAGCGAACUAAUACUUUUGACCCGGGAAUAGCAGAUGAUAUUGUCAACUCUUUGGAAAUCCCUACUUUUUCAUUAAUGAAUGAUCCGAUGCGUCAAAUUCCCGAGUUUGACGCCCACGGGAAAAUCAUCAACCCUUCAAGGCCAUUUGAUUCUCAAACUCCCCCUCCUGUGGUUAAACCAUUGAAUCCCUCUUCGGCAAAUAAUACUCAUAAAAUCAUGCCUGAUUUGCCACCAAGCAAUGGUCUCUCAAUCUCGUUGGCAGGGCCUAUUGAUUUGAGCGAAACCAUCCUCGGGAAAUAUGAUUUCAAAGAAAUCCUCAAGUACGAUCCAGAAUACGUUGUCGAUGAUCAACUCUCAAGAACACUAAUUGAUACGCACUUUAUCAGGUUUCAGAUUAAAUUUCCCUUUCUUAAUGAAAAAGAAGUUAUGGAUUUUUAUAAUGCCUAUCAAGGCCAAAAAUUAGCUGGUUUUAUGAACGAUCUGAACUAUUUUUAUUUCUCGUGUUGUCGAAUGUGGUUGAUUUAUAGUUUAAACUCAUUCAUUUUGAAAACUACCGGAGACUACAAACAUUUAGCGCCGCUCCGGCUAUUUUCCACUGCUCUUCGAAGUUUAUCCAAGUGCAAAGUCACUGACCCCUACCAACAGAUUGAAAUUUAUUUGCUAGUAAUCUUGUGUUUAAUUAGAUGCGAUCGUGAUGCUGCGGAGAUAUAUCGUUUAAUUGGCGAUGCCAUGAAAUUGGCAGUAAAGCUCGAUCUUCAUAAGUAUUCUUCAUACUUGAGUUGUCGGGAAGAUGACGAGCGACUUAAGAAAAUGAAAUGCUUUUGGUGUGUUUAUUUGCUUGACAGAUUAAUUUCGGUAUCAGUAGGGAAGCCAUUCAAUUUCCCAGAAAAAAGUAUUGAUCCAGAUAUUCCGCUAUUUGAGGAUGAUCCGGCGAAAACUAAUUUUGUGAAAGAUUUUACAGAGAAUUCCAGUCCUGGACUAUCCAAUGGUACAGAGGCCGUUUUGUACAUUAAUCAAGCUAUCAAAUUGAAGCGUAUUGAGGCGAAAGCUAUGGAAUCUCUCAAUAUUGUUGGCUCAAAUUCCCAAGUUUCCACGGUCUCAGAACUACCAUUGGUGGAAUAUUAUUUUGAUCAGUUACAGAACUGGAGAAAAGAAUGUACUGUGAUUAUGAACCAAGUGGAGCAAGCUACUCUUGCGCUAUAUUAUUUCAGAACAGUGAGGGUAUUGAUUCAACCAUAUUUGGAAUUAAUGCAACCGGAAGAUAGACUUCUCAAAGAAUGUCAAGCGGCAGCUGGGCAAAUUUGUCAACUUUUCAAAGUAUUUCAUCAAAAAACCGUUUAUGGGCACUCAAUCCUUGCUAUCAAUAAUGUUUUUGUCGCAGGAGUGACGUUGAUUUAUUGCUUAUGGUUGACCCGUAAUAUUGAAGACAAAAGAAGGCGCUUGCUAGGAGACAAAGCGAAGCACACUAGACUAGUCAUGACGCCUGAAGUGUUUACCAGUUUAGAUGAUUUGAAAGCAUGCAGUAUCUGCUUGUUUGUCAUGGCUGAACGGUCGAAAUAUGCAAUUGUUUUUCGUGAUACGUUUGAUGAAUUAUCGAGAUCUACAUGUAGAAGCUUGGUUGAGCGGUGUGGGGCUGAUUCUACAGAGUUGAUGUAUAAUAAUAAAAAAACCAAUACCUAUGACUCAAAUACUAUAAAGAAAAGAGUUGGAAAUGAGACUAUGAAAACUUGGAAUCAGAAUCAUCAGUUGUCGAAUGGUAACAUUAAAGAAAAUGGGAAGCCGAAUGAAGAAAAUAAUGAAAGUAAAAAUGACUCGGCUUCAGUGAAGAUUGAAUCAGAGGUGAUGCCACCAGCGGUGGUACGAAGGCCAGUGACACAUUAUGACAUCAUUCCAGACUAUCAUGGUUUAUCAAGCAAAACAUUAACUUCAAAGUUCAAGCAGCAGCUACAGAAGGAGAAAGAGGAAAAUAAACGGAAAAGAGGGGCACUUGAGAAAUCCACAGUACCGAAAAGUUUGAGUCACUUGUUAAUUGCUAUUGGUGAAACUCCUGAGGGGAAAAAGAAUACACAGAGACAGAGGCAGAAAGCCAAUAAAGAGAAUCAAAAAAAAAUAAAACAAGUUAAUGAGGUAGCAAAACUGCAAAAGACACUCGUAGCGGAAUUAGGUGCCUCCAAAGAUGGCGGCAAUACAUCAAAUUACAGUGGUUUCGCUUACGGAGAUAUUUUCGGUAUUGGGCACACACAAAAUGGAAGCACCGUACCAUCAGCGGGACUCUUCAACAAUACCGGGUCCACUAAUUAUCCCGCUAAUCAUUGGGACGGUAAUAAUGAUAACAGUGAAACUACAACGACAACGUUCUUCAAUUCUCCUAAUAGCUACGGUAAUCAUUUCAUUGAUCCUGGCUCCAGCAACAACGUCAAUGCCGUGAAUGGAUUUUCUUUUGGUCAGCUUCAAACCCCACUUGGAAUGAGCAAUCUUUUAAGUGGUAGUGGGCUUCAAAUUCCCUUCACCGAUCGAGCUAAUGAUAUGAUUAACAAUAUUAGUAAUUGGAAUGAAGAAAAUGGGUCUGUUAAUGAUAUGCAUCAAUUCAUGGCAAAUGAUUUCUUGAAUAAUAACUUUGGUACAAAGAAGUUCAACUCCACCACAAACCAAAUCUUUGCAGAUCUCGAAACCCUAAAUACUUUGGCGAUGAAUGUCAGUGAGGAUAACGGUGCAACUAAUGAUAAUGGUGGUUUUGGCGGGCACGACAACUUUGGAAAUGUUAGAAAUAAUAUCAGCAUCAAAAAUGAGGAUGACAAUAACAGUGAUAGUGGAGAUAGUGUGCCACCAUAUAAGAAGAAGAAAUUUGACACCCAAAGUUUAUUCAAUGGAAAUUUCAGGGUGAAUCAAAAGGGAUCAUAG